UGUACUUACAUGUGUGUGGAACCUGAGGGCGGUGAACAUCUGGCUGAGAGUGAUGUGUGCAUGUGUGUGAGAGGGAAACUGCGGCCGAGAAGAUACUGAGAGGAAACUUUUAUGAUAAAGGAAACCUUGUGAAGAACCUGCUGUUCGCGUUUGGCUCUGUCAAAGACCGAUCGGAGCUGAAGCAUGGACAGUGAAGUGGAAGCGAUGAACACCAGCCUUGACAGUCCUCUGAGCCCCAGGCACCUGACCGGGUUGGGGAUGAACUGUCUUCUUGGCCAAAAGUACAGACACUCUGGGCCCGGCCUCACCAGUCCUCAGGAGUACAACCAGUGGCUGCCUUAUCGCCAUGACGCCAGCCUGCUGCCCAUGAAGGAAGACCUCGCCUUCUGGCUCAACAACAUCCUGGAUGUGGACCUCACAGCGGACAGUCUGAUGGAGAGGUUGGAUAACGGCGUUCUCCUCUGUCAGCUGGCACAGCUGCUCCAGGACAAGAUGAUGCACACCAACAAUGGCAAGCCUUCAAUAAGAAGAGUGAUCCACUGGCGAGCUGACGCAACUUCUGGAUCAUUCUUCGCCCGAGACAACACCGCCAACUUCCUGUACUGGUGUCGAAAGAUUGGCGUUGAUGAGGCUUACCUUUUCGAGUCAGAAGAUUUGGUCCUUCACAAGCAACCGCGGGAGGUGUGCCUGUGCCUGAUGGAGCUGGGACGGAUUGCAGCCAGGUUUGGAGUGGAGCCUCCGGGGCUGGUGAAGUUGGAGAGGGAGAUAGAGAGGGAGGAGGCGGGGUGCUUAUCUCCAUCCUCCCCUCUGCCCUUCUCCUUUUUUCCUCCAACAUCAUUGUAUUCUCCAUCACAAUCAUCCCUACCCCCCGCCCCCUCUCCUCCUCCUCCUCCACCUGCGCCCCUCACUCCGAGCACAACCGGUCUGUCUGAACCCCUCGCUGCCUCCCUCGCCUCUGAUCUUCCAUCAGCCACAACAAACCCAGUGCCUACAUGUUUAUCCCCUCCUCAGUCCUCCCUCUCAGCCUCUAACCCCUGUACAACCACAGCCUCCACACAAACACCUUUGUUCUCUUCAUCCUGCACCACUGACACAUCUGCCUCAGCUCCACCGUCCGCACCCUCGCUGAGCCAAACCCUGGUAUCCACCACCAAAGUCUCCUCCACCACAAUAAUUAGCCACACUCCCACAGCUACGCCUCCCAUCACCUCCCCACCUGCAGCUCCUCGCUCCUCCAAAAGAUCCACAACCCGGAGGAGCACAGGCCCCAACAACAUUUUGGAUGAUAUUGUGAGGAACAUUAUAGAAAACCCUCCCUGCAGCUGUGCCACCAGGUUCCUUGUUGAGAAGCAACCUAAGGGCUGCUACCGUGUUGGAGACAAAGUCCUCUAUAUACGAAUGCUGAAUGAGCGUCAUGUGAUGGUGCGUGUGGGCGGAGGCUGGGAGACCUUCAUAAGUUACCUGCAGAAACACGACCCCUGCAGAGGGGGUGGACCUGUUGGCAGAUCUGAGGUCAGGGUCUGCAGGGACAAAGCAAAGUCACCCAAUGUGAGCAUCUCACCUGACAGCUACAUGGUGGUUGGUGCUCAUUACCGGAGCAAGAAGUAGACUCUCAAACUGCUCUGAACAUCUCACUUAAUCAGACCAAACUGUGCGACAUCAGUGAUUUAACAUAUUGCUUUUUACCUCAAGUUUAAAAGGAGCUCCAAUUCUUUCUAUUAAAGGUCCACGGUGUAGGAUUUAGAGUGAUAUAUUGGCAGAAACAGAGUAUAAUAUAAUGUCUUGAGUAUAUAAUCAGCUCAAAAUAAGAAUUGUGUUUUCUCCAGAAAGGGCCAUUCACAUGUUCACGUUUUCGCUUUUUCGUGUUGGCCAUCAUAGUUAGCAGCCCCUCCGUGAGAUCUCUGCGGAUUAUUCAGCUCCUGGUAAAGACCGUCUGAAUAAUGAACACCCAAGGAAAUCUAACCAGGAGUUCACACUUGGCACAUGGGAGAAGUUUCAGCUGGUUGCAAUCUGCAUUACUCACCACUAGAUGCCACUAAAUCUCCCUAAAUCUUACACACUGGACCUUUAGAAACUGUAGAUAUAACUGGUUCAUACCUGAUUGUUAUCGGUAUAAGUUAUCCAACCUACAGUACAGGAACAACUUGGCAACAAGGCUAUGUCUGUGUAGUAUGCAACAAUUAGUCAAUGAGCAUAAAAUUAAUCUUCAGGGAUCUUAAUGAUCGAUUGAUCAUCUCGGUCACUUUUUAGGGACAAUCCAAACAUUUGUUUGUUCCAGCUUCUUCAUUGGGAAGAUUGACUGCUCUUAUAUGUGAUAACAAACUGAAUGUCUUUUGGUUUUUGACCAAUGAUUGAACAAAACAAGCAAACUGAAUACAUACAAUUUGACUUUAUAACAGGAACUUCUCACUAUUUUCUGACAUUCUACAGAUUAAAUGCAAAAUAGAGAAAAUAAUCAGCAAAUUCAUCAGUAACGAAAAUAAUUGUUAGUUGCAGCAUAGGCAGAUUAUGACAUAAUGGAUGAUUGGUACAACACAUGGUUGUUUCUCCCCACAGAGCUGAAGGACCAAUACUGCAUAGACCAGUGGUUCCCAACUGGUCCAACCACAGGGUCCAGAUUUCUCCUCAGUCAUUAGUUCAAGGUCCACACAGUUUAAUACAUUCGACAUCAUACUUGCAUUUGGCCAUGACGUCGAUCUAGUUUGCUGUGUCUGUUAGGUAGCUGUCUGUUAGUCACUCACUCUACAGCAGAAAACAGCACUUCAAAAUAAAAGCUCUCUGAUGAAAAUUCACUGUACGUAAAAAUAAAGUGUGUUUUUUGACAUAUAUGCAAGUCAACUGCGGUCCAUUCAGAAUGGACCUGCGACCCACUUUUGGAUUGCAACCCACCAGUUGGGAAACACUGGCAUAGAGUCAGUCCAGCUAAAGUCCUAAAGAUAAACUGAGGAGAUAGAGACACUCACUUUAAAUGGUUAAUGGUAAAAUGGUUUCUUUCUUGUGACAUUUUGAAACUAAAUGUUAAGGCUAGUCCUUCAAUUUGUACUUUAAUGACUUUUUUAGGACUUUUUAAAGAAGGGCUCUGUUACUAACAUGAAUGACUGAGCCCUUUGGCAAGAAAUGCAAAGUUAAUAACAGCGACUGAGCCCUUGGGCCCCUGUGCCUGGGUCCAGUAGACCCGUUUGGUAUUACAUUCAUGUGCAGCACCUAUUGUUAUGUGCUGUGUAUCAUAACUGUCAUAUAAUCAUCGUCAUCAAAUAUUCUUUUAAGGACAGUUUUGUAUGACAUAAAUUAUAUAUUUGUGCUGAUGUAGUUUAGUUUGUAAAGAUACAUCUAUGUUUUUACAGAUCAUGAUACUGUAGUUUGAAUUUGUAUGUAUGCGUUUUUUUAUUGUGUUCCAGCAUCAGUGUGAGUAGUGGUCUUAUUUUUCUGUAUUUUACUGGAUA